GAGCAGUCAUGAGAGCCUCCGGUACUGUGCCUCCGAACGGGCUCCACUGCUCCUUCUCUUAAAUGUAUCAGUUUUGCUUUAUGGGAAUAUACAAGGGGUGAGACAACCACAGCCAUAUGCAUAUAUAGAAUUGUUUCGUUUGUAAAUUGAGUGUUUUAUUGAAGUGCACAGUCAUGUCCCGGAGAAAGGUAAGGGGAUUGACGCGAACUGGGCGCCAGGUGAGCGAGGACCCAGAUCUUGACAACCUGCUGUCAAACCUGUCACCAGAAGAAAUGGAGGAGCUGCAGAAGGAGGUGUCCACUGUGCCGGAUCCCGACCCGAGCGAAAUCAUCGUUGUGGACCAAACUGAUUUAAAACAAAGCGCACCUUAUAAAAAGGAGUCAGGCUCGAGCAAUCGUGAUGAUGAGUCCAGAAUGUGUUUGCAAAGGAACUUGUCCACAGAGGGUGAGCCUAGAAGGGAAAGUCGGAAGCAGGAGUAUCUGAGAAAAAUGGGCCUGAGUCAGGAGAAGAAUGUCCCCAAGACUGACACCAGGGAUGUAGGCCAUCAUAGACAAGCCAGCAUUUCCACACCCAGUGCUCCUCAUGAACGAGAGAGUAAAAUGGAGAAUAAGACCACAAAAACUACAGAAGAACCCAAAAAUAUCAGAGCAGGGCCCUUUAAGAGGGAGGAAGAAAUUGCAAAGAAAGGUGAGGUCACGGAGAAAACACAGAAUGAUGAUUGUAAGCUCAAAGAAAGACGAGAGACAAAAGACAGCAGCAGCAAGACGAAAGAGUUGAUAUCCAAGCUUCAAGAUAAAAAAGAGGACCCUAAAGAGAAGGAUAGAAAAGAGGAGAGCCGGAAGAGGGAAUCAGGGGACAGCAAGACAAGGGACCUGAUCUCCAGGUUGCAAGAGAAGCAGGAGAAGGAGGAAAGGAAGGAACGUGAGAGAAGAGAUGAAGUCAGGAAAAGAGAAGACAGCAAGACAAAAAGCCUUGUUUCCAAGUUAGAAGAAAAACAAAAUCAGGUUGCAGAGAUUAAACCAGAUGAAAAGAGGAAGACAGAAGAGAGGGAGAAAACAGACAAACGGCCAGAGUUGGUGAAGUCUAAUGAUAAGAAUAGAGAUUCAAUAAAAAAUAAUGUUAGAAAAGAAACUGAUAGCACAGAUAAAGAGAACGAGAAAGAGAAGAUGGAUAAAGAAAUUGUAAAAGGGAAAGAGGAGCUAAAGAUGAGUUCUAUCGACAAGGGAAAAGAGGAAGCCAAAGAGCAAAGUACAUUCCAAAAUAUAAAUGAAUCCAGCAAGGAAGAAAAAGUUGGAAACUGUGUGGCAGAAAAAAACACAAAAACAAAGAGCAAAGAAGAGGAAGAGGAAGAGGAGUCUGUUAGCAUGUUUGCUGAAGAUCUGGAAAGGGUUAAAUGCAACAACCCUGGCAUGACUGAACUCAAUGUCAACAACUCUGAGGUAAUCAAGGUCAAAACCCUCAUUCAGUUUGCUGAAGCUCUGAGUAACAACACACACAUCAAGACAUUUGCCCUUGCUAACUGCCGUGCAGAUGACCAUGUGGCCUACGCUAUUGCAGAAACCUUACGCAACAACAAAACCAUCACUAGCGUCAACCUGGAUUCAAACCUUCUCACUAGCAAAGGCAUCAUGGCACUGGUCCAGGCCCUCCAGCACAAUUCCACCCUCACCGAACUCCGUUUCCACAAUCAGCGGCACAUCUGUGGAGGCAAGACGGAAAUGGAGAUGACGAAGAUUUUGAAGGAAAACACAACACUCUUAAAACUGGGUUACCACUUUGAGUUAGCCGGUCCACGUAUGACCAUGACUAACAUCCUCAGUCGCAACAUGGACCGGCAGAGGCAGAAGCGGCUGCAAGAGCAAAAGCAAGCCCAAGCCCAAGGCAAUGGAGACAAGAAAGACGCACUUGAGGUCCCGAAGCUUGGCUUCAACAAAGGUUCUCCAAGGAGCUCACCAAAGCCAUCUCCCACUCCAUCUCCUGUACCAUCUCCUAAGUUAACACCCAAAAAGGGGUCUGGUGGUCCACCGCCCCCACCUCCACCACCUGGGGGCUUACCACCACCACCCCCAAUAAUGGAUGGUGACUUCCUGAAGAACUCCCUGACCCCUGUGUCUCGAAGAAAGCUUGAUGACAGGACUGGAGGCCGAGGUGGAAGUCUAAAUUCAAGAGACCAACUUCUAGCCUCUAUAAGGGGUGCCAACAUUAAACAACUCAAAAAGGUUGCAUUACCCAAACUACUGCAAUAAACAGACAGAGAAGAGUGAAGGAGAGACAAAGAAAAGAAGGGCAAGAGAAAGAGGCCAAACAUCUCACAGACCUUGAGGAGAUCAGGCAUCAGAGUCUACUACUGCCCUGUACUAUGAAAGGAAGGGUGUGAAUGUGGUAUCAUUGCGUAGGAUGCACAGCUUCAGCUCAGGAUUCUCCCGCAGUACAGUGGACUAUGGAGAGGAAUGGAAGCUUGGUGAAGUUGUGGUUCUUAGAAGCUGAAAUUGACAGUACCCGUUGAUGCCUUGCUUGUUGUUUGCACUAAGUGAAGCAAUUCAUAUGGUAUAUUGAAGAGUGUGUGCAGUACAGUUUGUAUGUGUGUAUGACUGUGUUGACAGUAAAAAGGAAAAUAUCAUUUUGAAUUCAAAUCAUGAUGUUAACAGAUUCUAAAUUAUCAGGGAAUUAAAGGGGAACUGAAUCAAAUAUUAUGAAAUUGUACAAUGCUAUGGUUAACACAUUAUGGAAAAUGUUGUAAAUGUGCCUGGUGGACACUCUUAAAAACAAAGGUGCCAAGAAGGGUUUUUUGGAGUGAUACCAUAUAAGAACCCUUUUUGGUUCACUAAAGAACAUUUCAAUGAAUGGUUCUAUAAAGAACCAUUUUUUUGUAAAUAAAAUAUGGAAGUGUUAAAAACUUAUUUUACAGUCCACAUAGUGUAAAAGCCAAUCAAAGGUUUAUCUUGGAACCAUACAUCCAAGCCAAGAACCAUUUAGGAACCUUUAUUUUUCAAGAGUGUACAGCAAUAUGAAAUCUCUUAUUUGGUUUGAAUUAUUUUUCAAACUUUCCUGUAAUGUAAACACAGCAGUCGAUUCACGUUAAUACCCUAAAUAGUAUACUAGGUCUUAGUAGAAUUAUAAGGCAGAUGAAUCUUAUUAAUGCUGAAGUUUUGCAAAUGACUCAGGAUGAAAAUGACUUCCUAAAUAGAAAAGAUAUGAUUUCAAGUGCUUACAAAGACAUUACACAAUUCAAAAAUGACAGUCUUUUGCUGGGUGGAGUGUGUCAUGUUUUUGAUGACUGAUCUCAGUGUCUUCCACAGUGUAGAACUGUAAGCUCUUCACAUUUGGCAACAUUGUGUAGUGCCACAAUUUUGAGUGCCACUUGUCCUUUUGGUAUCAGCUGUGCAGGUGGAAAUAUUAUUCUGUAAGAAAUGGUAGCAUGCCAGUUAAUUCAUCUCUCCGAUGGAGACACAAGUGGACUCAUUAUUUCGAUUGAGUUCUGAUGUCUUAGAAAAUCAUUCCAGUAUUAUCAACUUUUAAAAACGUUUGGAUAUUUGUUGGGUUUUCUGCACUCAUACUCAUAACAACACUCUCUUAAUCUUGAAGAUAAAACUUGUUUAAGUAAAAAAGGCCUUAUUUGGCAUAAUUGGCUUUUGUUUGAUGUUCAGCAGUGUACACCAUAAGUAAAGAUAGAAUGACAUAAGCAGAUAGAAUGACUAAUUCAUGACAAAUGAAUAGUUGUCAUUAUGAUAAACACACAAUGUUAAACAGAUCCUAAUAAAGUACUGCAGCACACAUA